AUGACGAAUACUGAAAAUAUGACUCUUCUUGAUUCAAUUUUCCAUAGACAACUUGUUCCUAGUCCGCUGAAGAGGGCUUUUCCUUUUGACUUCGCGUUAAAUACGUUCAGUUGUGUUAGAGAUGAUGAAUAUCUCGUCCAAAGAAGAGAGAUCGAUGUACCACCAUUUGCAUGUCGUUUUAGUCAUGCUGGUCUCGGUGGACAUCUGUUGGGGAUUGCUGAUGAAGAAGGUUGGGUUCAAAUACUGGAUUCAAGGAGAACAUCUCCAAAAUCACUCAUAAAAGAAUGGAAUGCUCAUGAAAAUGCAGUGUUUGAUAUUGCAUGGAUGCACUGGGAGCAAUAUAUGGUUACAGCAUCUGGUGACCAGACAGUGAGACUUUGGGAUGUCAACCGCGAUGACUGCUUGGCAGUGUUCAAGGGGCACACUUGUAGCGUGAAAUCUGUGGACUUCAGAGAAGAUGACAUCUUUGUCUUUGCCUCAGGUGCAAGAGACGGCAAUGUGAUGGUAUGGGACAUGAGAUGUAAUCGUCGCUCAGGACACUUCAGUCAACCUGUUAAUAUAAUAAGCAAUGCACAUGCAGAGAAACUCCCUGGGACACCACAAACGAUGAAAAAGAAAUCCAGAAGGUCAACCUCUUCGCGACCAGUUAUGAAUUCCGGCCAGCAAAGUGUAACAGCAGUGCUAUUCCAAGGAGGGGAGAAACUCAUAUCAGCUGGAGCAAUGGAUGGUAGUAUCAAGAUCUGGGACCUGCGUAAAACCUAUACCAACCUCAAAGCAGACCCACUUCCUUUUCACACUUUUCCUUACCCAGAGCAAGGAGUCAGGAGAAAACAUGGUUUUUCAUCGCUUGUCUUGGACUCCAACCACUCAUCCUUAUUUGCAAGCUGUACAGAUGACAAAAUCUACAUGUACAGCUGCACUGCAUUAGGUCAGGAGCCUGUGUGUACUUUCGCAGGUCACAUGAACUCCACUUUUUACGUCAAAGCAGCUCUCAGUCCUGAUGACAUGUACUUACUCAGUGGAUCAAGUAAAAACGAUGCCUUCAUAUGGAGGGUGUCAGACCCUACUGCCCCACCCACCCUGCUAAAGGGACACCUUGGAGAGGUGACAAGUGUUGCAUGGUGUCCAUCUGAUCAGGGAAAGGUUAUAACUUGUUCAGAUGAUAACAGCUUUAGAAUAUGGAGAAUGGAUUGCAGAACAAAUAACAGUGAUAAACAUGAUGUCGUUGGUGAGAGCUGUAGAGGAACUGGCACAGGAUCUCAUUCUCCCAUCAAUGAAGCUUCAAGUCCAUCAAGAUUUCAUAGAACACCAAGUUCUUCUCCCAACAACAGCCCUGAUUCAAAGAGAUUACUCUGGACCCCACUAUCAAAAGUCAUCACCAAUCCAAGAUUAAAUAAAAUCUCCAGUCCUGUUGGAAAGGUGUCUCCCAAAUUGCAGAGCUCCCAUAAAAUAAGCUCGCAAAAGACACAAAAUCUUCAAAUGCAAUCUUUGUCUCCAAAGCUUUCUACAAGUUUGCAAAACCUGACAACAGGUCCAUCACCUCACGUGGUUCCUAAUAAGAACUCAGAUUCUCAGAUAGUGCCUUCCUCUGUCUCCUUUCCAUCCUCUUCUGGAUCCCAGUCAUCACCCUGCUCCAGCCCUAAGUCACCUGCUGCCUCAAAGUUUCACAGCCCAACUCAAUUGCUGACAUCCUGGUUAAAAUCAAAUUCAAGAAAGCGAUGUCACAGUGACAGUGAUGACCAAUUAAAUCACCAGAUCCAGUCUGUUACAGCUCAGAAAUGCUCUGACAUGACACAGAAAGCUGUUAAUUCUUUACAAGAUGUCAAACAACCAAACCAAACUGCCAAAAAUAAAAGACAAGAAUACAGGACUGAGGAUAAAACUGAAAAUACUCAUUUCAAUGGACAAAAGAAUGUUUCAGUGUUGCCUCUCAGGAAAAGAUUAUGCAUCAGUGAUCCCUUAAAUUUAAAUGCAGGCCAUGUGGGAAUUAGAAAUUGGAAUAAAUCAAGUUUAAACCCUGAUAAGGAAAACAAACUAAUUAACAACAGUUCUCCUGGUGAGGCUAAAUUUGCCAAACUGGAACUUGAUUUUAAUUGUCACCAAAAAUCAGAAGCAACUUCUGAACAAAAGGUUACUGCAAAAGCUCAUUCUGCAAACUGGCUAACACAGUGGAGCAAUCAUAGUCGAGAAGAGCCUGGUGAGAAGAGUAUUCCACUGCCUGAGAAGGGAGGCAAAAACUUUGUUGAAAACACAGAUUCAAUCAUAACCACAGUUUCUGAUGAAGAAUCACAAGCCUAUGGUUUACAACCACAGAGAGAAGAUAAUUCCAAGCCAGGAAAGAGCAUUUUGACUUAUUUCAAACCAGUCAGCCAUUCCUAAAAUGUUUUUUAGAACUUACAAGAAUUGACAAUUAAGAAAAUUAUUCUACAUCAACAAUCAUCACAACUAUCAAAAGACCUUUCAAGAAAACAUGGAGAUUACAGACUGAGAUGAUUUUUUUAAAGAGGAAAGUGUUAUUUAAAUGUGUAUAAAAUAGAAUUUACUUAUUUUUAAUGAAAAGAAAAAAUAUUUAGCAGAUGGGGUUUGGUUAACAUCAUUUUUCCCUUUACUAGUUCAUGUUGUCAAGAAUGAGAGAGUGCAGAGUUUAUAUUGUUUCAGCUGAUAGAAAUAAAACUGUGAUUAUUUUCAAUGUCUAAAGAUUUCAUUAAAUUUAACUUGAAUCCAGUGGUAGCUAGGACAUUGUAAAGUUUCAGAUCAAUUCUUAGGAGACUUUGAAUAACUGCAAUCAUCACUAAAUCAAUUAAAAUGGAAGACACUGCUUGUAAAAAUAACACUUAGAUUUCAGAGUGCCUCCUCCUCAUAGCCAAACUUUUCAAAAAGCUCCUCUUUUUCUUUAGCCAAAGUUGAAAUAGAAGUGCUCUGUAGUGUUCUUUCAAGGAUUUACUAUAUGAAUUCCACAACUAUGUAUCCUCAACUUCUGAUGCGGUUGUGCAAAACAAUAAAGGUCACUCACUACCUUUAUUUUUAAAUUUUAUUGCAACCUUCAGUAACUGUACAAAACAUGUCAAUAGUUUUUGAAAACUUAUGUUGUUAAUAGCACAUAAUGCAACUGUUAAAUGCGUUUUACGUAACACACUUUUUGGACUAAUAAAGUCAUCUACAUUAUCAAUAGUAGAAAAGCUAGAAUUUAAUAAGAAAGUUCCAAAUAGAAUUCAAAAGUUUGACCUCUAACAAAUCUUGCAUUUGAAAAAGUUACAAACAAAUGCAGAAAAGAAAACCCAAAAAUACCACUGCUGCUUUCAGAUUGGCAUCUAAACCUUUUAUUCUACCCCUCAUAUCAUCAAAAUCAG